AUGAAUUACGAAAGAAUCAGAAUGCACCAAGAGCUUGCUAUGGAAGAUAGAAAUGGAUGGAUUUACUUGUUGGCAAACUUUCUACCCUUCCUUUUGUUUUUUACAGACAAUAGUCGAGUAUCGUAUAGAAAUUGGUGGGAACUCUUAUUGACAAUUCUUCAUCACGAAGAUGCUGGUUCAAUUUUCUUGUUCAAUUUGAGAUUUUUAACUUCCUUGGGUUAUUGUACUACCCAGAAAUUGACAUUCUCUCAAAAAUCAUCUCUUGCCGUCUUGGUUUCAGUUUCACUUUCGUAUAUCUCAAUCAUCUUGUUGUCAAUCUUUCAAAUGAUAAUGAUAAGCAUUCUAUUUUUGAUCCAGCCAACAUUAGUAACAUGCAAAUACUUUGCCAAAAAACCAGAUCAAAACAAUUCUCUUCUCGAAAACAAAUUUCAAGAAAAUUACAAUUCAUUCACACCUAAUUCUCCAACUCUUGUCAAAUCCCCAAGAAUUGACAAUUUAUUCUAUGAAAAUAUUCCCCACAUGGACAAACUUGACGAAACGAUUUUCAAUCACGUUGAAAAAUCACCAAGAUUUACACGAAAGAUUAUUGUAAAGAGUUUCAUUUUUAUAUCAGGAAGAUCGCCAGAUUCGCUUGAAAGUUUGACUCCAAAAGAUUUCAUUUUCGUUGGUGCACAAAUGAAACGCAUUGUACACUCUCCAUAUAUUUCGAGAAAUGGGUAUCAUUUUGAAAUUUUGGCGAGUGCAUCAAAAUUGCUUAAAUCUGUAAAGGAAUAA